CAUUUUCCCCGAUUUUAUGGGUGUUGCAUGCCUCCACCCCUACUCGAACUCUAAUUAUUUUUCUAAUUUUAUUCUUAUGUUAGGGCUUUUUGUUGCGACUAAUCAUUCUGAAAAACGUCGGAUUUUUGAAAUUUAUGGAUUGUCUUCAACUAAUCUUCACACUGAGUUUAUUCAACGUGAAGGAAAUACAAGAAUUUCUCUUUUUGAAUAUUACACUCAACAAUAUGCAAUUGAUUUUGAAUUUCCUGAAUGGCCUCUUCUUAUUAAUAAAUACUCAAUUGGGCCAAAUAAUUAUGGUUUCCGUUACUUUCCAAUGGAAGUGUGUUCUAUUCUGGACAAUCAACGAGUUAAUUCAGAUCAACAGGACGGGCAGAUGAUUGGAGAAAUGAUUCGUAAAACAGCAAUUCCGCCUGCUGAAUUAAAGAAACAAAAUGCUCUUUUGAAGAAUUCUCUUCGACUUGAUGUCAGUGAAUAUUUGAAUGGUCUGGGAAUCAAAUGCCAAAAGGAUCCAAUUGAAGUUACUUCUCGUGUUUUGUCUCCACCGGAACUCGAGUUUGCAUCAAGGGCUAAACAAGUUCCAAAACUUCCUCGUUGUUCAUGGAGUGAUUGUAAUGAAUAUUUUUUUCCUGCAACGUGUCAUAAGUGGGUUGCUUUGGCUCUUUUUGGUACACAACAGGAUGCUAUCAAUAUGGAACAGUGGACUGAAUUUGUGAAGCGAUUUCGUUCCGUCCUUUCAAAAAGUCAAAUGAACUUUGCUGAGCCUCAGAUUCUUGUUCGCCAAGUUACUGGUGCAGAUCUGAAAUUAAUAAUUCAGGGGUACUAUGAACAAGGUUUUGAGUAUAUGUUAAUUGCUCAUCCGGAUGGGGCAGAUCAAGUUCAUCAUGCCAUGAAGUAUAUAGAGCAAAAGACCGAAGUCGUCACACAGGGUGUUAAGAUGUCGACUGUUAAGAACGUUAUCUUCAAAGAUCGGUUCCAGACGUUGGCAAACAUCGUCCACAAGACUAAUGUAAAGAUGGGAGGAAUCAAUUAUACUAUUUCUAUCUCUCCGCAAUCUGAUACUUUAAUUGUUGGCAUUGGUUCAAACCAUCCAGGUGGAGGUUUAGCCAUGCGACCUGGAGUUGUGCAACCAACUGCUAUGGGUACAGAAAGUGACAAAAAUGGAAACGGUAAGAAUGGAAAUGGAGCUAAUGGAAAUGGCGAACAUAUACAACGUAUAACUGUGCCAUCUGUUGUUGGAGUAUGUUUUUAG